UCUACGUAACGGCAGGCGGAGGCUACGUGAAGAGUGGCGCGGCGUGACUGAGCUACCUGGUCCGGCUGUGUCCGAGAGGCGUCUGGGGCAGUGACAUCGCGGUGACCCGGCAGGCGGUGGCCGGGCGGAGGGGCAGGCGGGGCAGAGGCGGCUGCCGCACAAGCGCUGGGCCGGGUUCUAGGCCCCGAUACAGGUGCCAUGAAAGCCUUCCAUGCUUUCUUUGUUGGGCUUUUGAUAUUUGGGCAUGUCUGUGAAGCCAAGGUUGAUGAUUUCGAGGAGGAGGAAGACAUUGCCGAGUACGACGACAACGACUUUGCUGAGUUUGAGGACGCUGCUGGAGACCCUGCCACUGGCUCUCCCCAGCGAGUGAUAACUGCUGAAGACAGCGACGACGAGGCGACUGUGGAGUUGGAAGGGCAGGAUGAAAACCAAGAAGGAGAUUUCGAAGAUGCAGAUACCCAGGAGGGGGAUGCCGAGAGUGAACCGUACGAUGACGAAGAAUUUGAAGGUUAUGAAGACAAAGCGGAUACCUCUUCCAGCAGAAACAGAGACCCAAUAACAAUUGUUGAUGUUCCUGCACAUCUCCAGAACAGUUGGGAGAGUUAUUAUCUAGAGAUUUUGAUGGUGACCGGUCUGCUUGCCUACAUCAUGAAUUAUAUCAUCGGGAAGAAUAAAAACAGUCGCCUUGCUCAGGCCUGGUUUAACACUCAUAGGGAGCUUUUGGAGAGCAACUUUACCUUAGUAGGGGACGAUGGAACUAACAAAGAAGCCACCAGCACAGGAAAGCUGAACCAGGAGAAUGAGCACAUUUACAACCUGUGGUGUUCUGGUCGAGUGUGCUGUGAGGGGAUGCUUAUCCAGCUGAGGUUCCUCAAGAGACAGGACUUACUGAAUGUUCUGGCCCGGAUGAUGAGGCCAGUGAGUGAUCAAGUGCAAAUAAAAGUAACCAUGAAUGAUGAAGACAUGGAUACCUACGUGUUUGCUGUUGGUACUCGGAAAGCCUUGGUGCGGCUACAGAAAGAGAUGCAGGAUCUGAGUGAGUUUUGUAGUGACAAACCUAAGUCGGGAGCGAAGUAUGGACUGCCUGACUCCUUGGCCAUCCUGUCAGAGAUGGGAGAAGUCACAGAGGGAAUGAUGGACACAAAGAUGGUUCACUUUCUUACACACUAUGCUGACAAGAUUGAAUCUGUUCAUUUUUCAGACCAGUUCUCUGGUCCAAAAAUUAUGCAAGAGGAAGGUCAGCCUUUAAAGCUACCUGACACUAAGAGGACACUGUUGUUUACAUUUAAUGUGCCUGGCUCAGGUAACACCUACCCAAAGGAUAUGGAGGCUUUACUACCCCUGAUGAACAUGGUGAUUUAUUCUAUUGACAAAGCCAAAAAGUUCCGACUCAACAGAGAAGGCAAACAAAAAGCAGACAAGAACCGAGCUAGGGUGGAGGAGAACUUCUUGAAGCUGACGCAUGUGCAAAGACAGGAAGCCGCCCAGUCUCGGCGUGAGGAGAAGAAAAGAGCAGAGAAGGAGCGAAUCAUGAAUGAGGAAGAUCCUGAGAAACAGCGCAGGCUGGAGGAAGCUGCCUUGAGGCGUGAGCAAAAGAAAUUGGAGAAGAAGCAAAUGAAAAUGAAACAGAUCAAAGUGAAAGCCAUGUAAAGUCAUCCCAGAGAUCUGAGUCCUGGUGCCACCUGUAAGCUCUGAAUUCACAGGAAACAAAAAAUACAAGUUCAUUUCUCAUCUUAAAGUUUCCCAGUGACUGAGAAAUCCUUAUUUCAUCAUCUGUUCUGUUUUUGGUUUGGGGUUUUACAAAGGUUAUAGAUACAUUGGAAGGACUCUGUUUCAGUAAUUUUCUUCCAGAUAAAUUAUUUUGAUUAUUUUAUAAAAGGAAUGAUUGAUAUAUGAAAUCUGUGUAGUUUUAAAACAUUUUAAAAAAUUAUAACAUGAAUCAUUAGUACUUUUAGUGCUUGAUAUUUGAAGAAAUAUGAAAUUUAUAGAUAUAUAAUUAGAUUGUUGCUUUUUGUUUAAACUGGGCAGUUGAAAUGGGCUAUGAAGACUGACUCUAAACCAAGAUUCCACAAAUAACUAUUGGAAUUGCACAAUAAACAUUGCUUGGUGUUCU